AUAUUUAUAAAUAUAUAUUUAUUUAUUCAUCAGAAAUAUGAAGAAUUUUCAACAAUAUUCCAAAAACCAAUUUUACUACAAUUUUGGGUAGUAUCCAGUUCCAUCAUAAUACUUUGGUUUAUAUUAGCGAAAGACUCUAUACUAUUCGCAUUGUAUAGUAGUAACUGAACUGAAAUGGAUAUGAAAUAAAAAUUGAUUUUAUUAACAAUGCAACUAAAUAAUGCUCACCAGAAAAAAAUGCAAUAUACAAGAACGAGAAUUGUCAACCUAGAAAUGUUUUAUAAAGUAUGUACUAUAGUUAUGUUGUAA